AAGCACUAGCGACCAAAAUCACAAGGUCCAUCAUGGGAUAUUGCAGCCCUACUUCAUAACAUAACCGAGUAGGGGAUCUAUUCUAGAGACAUGGCAGUGGAAACCAUCGCACCUGACUGGGAAUUUGACCGCUUUGACGACGGUUCUCAGAAAAUCCACACAGAGGUUCAGCUGAAGAACUACAGUAAGUUUCUGGAAGAAUACACCUCUCAGCUGAAGGGCAUUGAAGAGGCUCUGGAUGACUCUAUUGGAGAUGUGUGGGACUUCACUCUGGACCCCAUCGCUCUAAAACUUCUCCCAUACGAGCAGACCUCUUUAUUAGAGUUAAUUAAAACAGACAACAAGGUCUUGAAUAAAGUUAUAACGGUUUAUGCUGCUCUGUGCGGUGAAGUGAAAAAGCUAAAAUAUGAGGCGGAAACCAAAUUUUAUAAUGGCUUAUUGUUCUAUGGAGAGGGAGUGUGUGAAACCAGUGUUCAUGAAGGCGAGUCACAGAUUCAAAUGGGCAGAUUUAUUUCCUUCCUGCAGGAACUGUCCUGCUUUGUUUCCAGAUGUUACGAAGUGGUGGUCAGCAUCAUUCAUCAGCUGGCUGCCCUCUACAACAGCAGCAAGGGUGCAACAAAAAUCAUUGAAUCAUCUGGUGUCCAUUUCCAGGUGGUUUAUGAGCACCUGGGGGAGCUCCUAGUGGUGCUGAUAACGCUUGAUGAGAUUAUGGAAAAUCACGCUACUCUGAAAGAUCACUGGAAGAUGUAUAAAAGGUUACUAAAGUCUGUUCACCACAACCCUGGAAAAUUUUCCAUUCCUGAAGAAAAGCUGAAGCCCUUUGAGAAGCUCCUGUUGAAGCUGGAGGGGCAGCUGCUGGAUGGCAUGAUAGUGCAGGCCUGCGUGGAGCAGAGAUUUGAUGACCCGGCCGAGGGGGUCGGUGUCUCCAAAAACAGUUCCUUUGCCGAGGAGUUUGCCUUCAACAUUCGCUCCAUCUUCACAAGUGUGGAAUCCAAAAUUGGCGAGCCUUCAGAAAUUGACCAGAGGGAUAAGUACGCUGCAGUCUGCGGUCUCUUUGUCCUGCACUUUCAUAUUUUCAGAAGUGUCGACAAAAAACUCUACAAAGCAUUGCUUGACAUCUGCAAAAAGGUCCCUGCUGUCACUCUGAUUGCAAAUAUCAUCUGGUUUCCCGACGCCUUCCUCACCGUUAAGGUCCCGGCCGCUGCCAAGCUGAUGGACAAGAAGAGUCUCCAGACGAUCAAAGCACAGAGAGACACCUACCUGCAGCAAAGGGCUCAAACGCUAACAAAGGAUGUCCAGUCUUACUACGUUUUUGUAACUUCGUGGAUGAUGAAGAUGGAGUCCCUUCUGUCCAAGGAGAACAAAAGUGACAAACUGGCUGAGGACCUCAACAGCAGAUGCAACGUAUUUGUGCAGGGCAUCCUGUACGCUUACAGCAUCAGCACCAUCAUCAAGACCACCAUGAACAUGUACAUGUCGAUGCAGCGGCCCAUGACCAAGACGUCCGUUAAAGCUCUYUGUCGAUUGGUUGAGUUGCUCAAGGCCGUGGGGCACACGUUUCACAGGAGGUCGAUGGUCGUAGCCGAUUCUGUUUCACUCAUCACUCUGCAGCUCCAGUCUCAGGCCCUCAAUGCCAUCAGCAAUGCAAAAAAAAGGGUGAUCUCUGAUAAGAAGUACAGCGAGCAGCGGCUGGACGUCCUUUCGUCUUUGGUGCUUGCAGAAAACGCGCUGAGUGGUCCGAGCACAAAGGAGCGACGGCUGGUUGUGUCUCUGGCUCUGUGUGUCGGCACUCAGCUGAAAACCUUCAAAGACGAGGAGCUGCUUCCGCUGCAGGUGGUGCUGAAGAAGCUGGAUUUGAUCAGUGAGCUUUGUGAAAGGGUCAGGCUCCAGUGUGACUGCAGUUUCCUGUACUGGCACAGGGCUGUGUUUCCCAUCUACCUGGACGAUGUGUAUGACAACGCCGUGGACGCAGCACGGAUGCAUUACAUGUUUAGUGCGCUGAGAGACAGUGUGCCAUGCAUGCUCUACGCUAAACACUUGGAGUCAUGUGACCAGCUGCUGGAGUGCUUCGACAAGGAGAUCAUGGGUGUGUUCAAUGAGCAUCUCCUUGACAAGCUGUGUAAGGAGAUCGAGAAGGACCUGCGCCUCUCCGUCCACACCCACCUGAAGCUGGACGACAGGAACCCGUUUAAAGUCGGCAUGAAGGACUUGGCCCACUUCUUCUCCGUUAAACCAAUCCGAUUCUUCAACCGCUUCAUUCACAUCAAAGCCUAUGUGACCCACUACCUGGAUAAAACUUUCUACAACCUGACCACCGUUGCUCUGCAUGACUGGGCCACCUACAGUGAGAUGAGAAACCUCGCGACGCAGCGCUACGGGCUCACGAUGACGGAGGCGCACCUGCCCAGCCAGACUCUGGAGCAGGGUUUGGACGUUCUGGAGAUCAUGAGAAACAUUCACGUGUUUGUCUCGCGCUACCUCUACAACCUGAACAACCAGAUCUUCGUGGAAAAGGCGAGUAACAACAAGCACCUCAACACCAUCAACAUCCGUCACGUCGCAAACUCGAUUCGGACGCACGGCACGGGCAUCAUGAACACCACAGUCAAUUUUACCUAUCAGUUCCUGCGGAAAAAGUUUUAUAUCUUCAGCCAGUUCAUGUAUGACGAACACAUCAAGUCCAGACUCAUUAAGGACAUCCGCUUUUUCAGGGAGAUAAAGGAUCAGUCUGACCAUAAGUAUCCAUUUGAGCGUGCAGAGAAGUUUAACCGCGGCAUCAGAAAGCUCGGUCUCACUCCUGAUGGGCAGAGCUACCUGGAUCAGUUCAGACAGCUCAUCAGCCAGAUCGGCAACGCCAUGGGCUACGUCCGUAUGAUCCGUUCUGGAGGCCUUCACUGUUGCAGCAGCGCGAUCAGAUUUGUCCCCGACCUGGAAGAUAUAGUCAACUUUGAGGAGCUCGUUAAGGAGGAGGGACUCUCAGAGGAAACCCAAAGAUCUGCCAGCGUCCUGGAUUCAGUGUUGAGCGAUCUGACCAGCAACUCUGCCGAGGGGACGGAGUACUUCAAGAAGCUGGUGGCCGUGUUUGCCCCCGAGUUCCGUAGCGCCAAGAACAUGCACCUGAGGAACUUCUACAUGAUUGUACCGCCGCUGACUGUGAAUUUUGUGGAGCACUCAAUCAGCUGUAAAGAGAAACUCAACAAGAAGAACAAAACCGGAGCUGCCUUCACAGACGACGGCUUUGCGAUGGGUGUUGCGUACAUCCUGAAGCUGCUGGACCAGUAUCUGGAGUUCGACUCUCUUCACUGGUUCCAAGCGGUUCGAGACAAGUACAGGAAAGAGCUGAGCGCAGUGGCGAAGGAGCAGACGGUGCAGUCUGCCGGUCAGGACGAGAAGCUGCUUCAGACGAUGAAUCUCACCCAGAAGAGGCUGGAUGUCUACUUGCAGGAGUUUGAGCUGCUCUACUUCUCAUUAAGCAGCGCGAGGAUCUUCUUCAGAGCCGACCAAACCGCAGCUGAGGAAACCCAGGAGAAGAAAGGCGAAGCUGGGAAAGUGGGAAUGUCUCCGGAAGGCUCCACGCCUGCAGAGUUGUCCUCAAAGUAAGCCUCACGGUGAGACCGUUCUGGAUUAUUCCCGAGAGCUCUGCAGAGGAAUGAUCCCGCUCGUGUGUUUGUGGACAAAAGACUGAAAAAUUUACCAAACAAUGGAUUUGUUUGAUAUUCCAGUCGUCCUAAAGUCUGUGUGCUUUAAGUGCUAAUUCAGAAAGCGUCUCUAAACAUCCAGUGGGUCAUUUGCACAAGUGCCUACUACUUGAACUAAUUUAAGGUAAAAACAAAAUCAUUUUUAUCAUGCCUCGCCCUCGGCAGACUGAGGAAAUGUCUACAGAGAAAGUUUUCAUUAUUUGUUUCAAGUGUUUUGUUUCUUUGAGCAUUUCAUACAUUGUAUAAAUGAAUCAUAUGUGCCUUCAUAAACUCUGGGUACUUGUUUUGAUAAUUCAUGUGCAGACAGUAAACUCCACAGCGGAUGCAAAUUCGUCGUUUCAUAAUUCAAAUAUUUUCCUGGUGGGAAAAUAUUGAGCACUUUCUCCAAAAUUGUUCACAUCUGAGUGGAAAACAUUUACCUUAUUUUGGUUUUGUCAUCUGGAUGUUAAUGAGAUUGUUUAAAAUCACAAUUCAGAUGACUUCACAGUUUUUCUAACAUUUGGACCAACUUAGAUCAGAUGUUUUGAAAUUAAUGCCAUUUAUAAAACUUUUUUUUGUCAAAUUUAGAUUUGUUUAUCUUACAGCAAGUAAGAUGUCUGGGAACUCCCAAUAUUCACAAUGUUUUUUUUAUUUUAUUUGAUACCUUAACAAAUAGUAGGAAGGUACUAUGGUUGUUACUUAGUUCCCCACUUUUUUCACAUUAUUUUCAUGCAUCAUAUGCAUGUGGUGCACAUGUAGCAUUAAGAGUUUUGUUCUAGGUUGAGGGUUAAAGUUAGUACCUCUCCAAAGGUCUGGUUGCACAGGUUCAGCUAGCGUCCAUUUAAAAUGUGUAAUGUCUCAAUAAAUAUAAAGAAAUAUGGUCUUAGUUGGGUUUCAAUACUUUUUUUCUUUUGCCCUUAAAUUUAUGAUGUGGCUUCAUCAUCUUUAAUUAAGUCCAGGAUCAGGUCCUAGUGACCUUGACGUGCUCCCAGGCUUAGAUUAGAAUGCACAAACCAGAUAAUCUGCAGUCUUCACAAUCUCUUCUUUUAUGUCCCCAUUUCUCCCUACCAUGUGAAGAUAUCAGAGCAGCACAUGCGCUACUGCAGAACUCGGUUCACUUCCUGAGGUGUGGGGAGGAAUAUUGAAAUUCCUGACGUGUAAUAAACAACACACAGUGGUUCAGGAAAGCCGUGUCUGCUUUAAUACAAAGGAAAGAAGCUUUGACUUGAAAAAAUACAAGACUGGUUUCGAUUCUUUUUAAGCAAAUCUGAGUUUUCUCAUUUCCCUAUGAAGUAGUGUUCACUACUGUUGAAACUGCCUGAAUUAAAAUGGAUCCCUUCUUUUUUUUUUUUCUUUUUUACUUUGGCCUGCAACUACAGGGAUCGCUUCUUACACUUCUGUCUUUCCUUUUGAACUGGGAAAAGUGAUAUCUAGGCCUUUCCGUUAUUGAUGUUUUAUUAAUAUUACUUUGUAAGUGCCCACAGUGCCAAAAUGACACCCUGUCCAGCAGUUCCAGAAAAUUUGUUACAUCCACAUAUCCAUGCUCGCCUCAUAAAAAAAACGAGGUACAAGGCAGGGCAAAAUUUCUCUCAAAAUAGAUAUCAUAUAGAUAUAUAUAUUUAUAUAUACAGACAUAUAUAUAUGUAGCAAUCAUAUAUACACAUUCGUACAUAUAGUCUUAUGUGAUGCAAAAAAACAAAAUGUACACAUUUUUUUUUUUUUUUUACAAAAAUAGUAACAAAGACUGGAAAGUGUUUUGCUUGCUCUCGAGCAAAGUUGUGUUAUUUGUUCCGCCUCUGCGGGGAUUUCCCCACGAUGGUGGAGACCGAAGUCGCCUCGCAGGGUUUUACGUCCAUGUUUUGCUGGCACAGAAGUCACAAACGGAGAGAGGUGCAGAAAAGAGUCGGGUGGAGCAACUACAAGCAGUCGGAGGAAGCGAUGUAGUUCGAUGGAACACGAUGAAGGAAAGUAUACAGAAACCAAAUCAGAGACAAAAAAAAAAAAAA